UCCAACGCUUCAAAUAAACUUAAACGACAACCAACCCUUCCUCCUGCUCCUGUGACGGAGAGACAUCAUCAUGCUGUUGUUCCUCUUCCUGUUGGGUCUGGCUCUGGGUGCUGUGUCUCCUUCAGAGGACCCUCAAGUGAAGCUUGAGCGUGGCAACUGUCCCAUGUUCUGGUACUCCUUCAACAACCGCUGCUACAAGUACGUCGCCACACUUUUGACUUGGGCUGAUGCAGAGCUCCAAUGUGUGUCAGAGGGAGCCAACCUGGUGUCCAUCCACAGUCAGGCCGAACAUGAGUUUGUCAGAUCACUGAUCAAGAACUUUGACAUUGCUGAGGGAUGGAACUGGAUCGGACUCAGUGACCUCCACAAAGAAGGAGGCUGGAUGUGGUCUGAUGGGUGUGAAGCCAAGUUUUUCGUUUGGCCUGGAGGAGAGCCAAGCAACCCUGGAAGACACUGUGUCCACACCAAUUGGUAUCAGAAAUGGGACGAUUGGCAGUGUUCUUCAACUAUUGCCUCAGUCUGUGCAUCUCGCAUAACUUGUGUUUAGCAACUGAGAUGUUACAUUUGUCUGGUUGAACCAGGUCACUGUAAAACUGUUACUCUGUUAACAUGCUUCUGACCACAAUAAAGACAUGAAUGCACA